CCCAAAGAGACAAAGGCUUGGGCAAAGAAAAAUACUUAUAAAAAGAAUCAAACAGCUACAACUUGAACUGUUCAUAACCCACACCAAAAGUUCCAAACCCCAACCCGAAAAAUCACACACACCCCCUUUGGAAUUGGGAUCCAUCGCCAUAUCUCUGAUUAGGUUAGAUAAGAUUCCCUAUGGGCACUUCCAUUCUCGACGCCCUGAACGUCCGCGUGGAAGGUUCCGGCGAUAAGUACCUUUUCCUGGCCCACGGCUUCGGCACAGACCAAUCCGCGUGGCAGCGCGUGCUCCCUUACUUCACCCGCAACUACAGCGUCAUUCUCUACGACCUCGUCUGCGCCGGCAGCGUCAACCCCGACCACUUCGACUACCGCCGCUACACCACCCUCGACGCCUACGUCGACGACCUCCUCAACAUCCUCGACGCCCUCCGCGUCCCCCGCUGCGUCUACGUCGGCCACUCCAUCUCCGCCAUGAUCGGCAUGCUGGCCUCCAUCCGCCGCCCCGACCUCUUCUCCAAACUCAUCCUCAUAGGCGCCUCCCCUAGAUUCCUGAAUGACAAGGACUACCACGGGGGAUUUGAGCAGGGAGAGAUCGAGCAGGUGUUUUCGGCAAUGGAGGCGAACUACGAGGCCUGGGUGAACGGUUUCGCGCCGCUGUCGGUGGGAGCGGAUGUUCCCGCGGCGGUGCGGGAGUUUUCCCGGACGCUGUUCAACAUGAGGCCGGACAUCUCGCUGUUCGUGUCGCGGACGGUGUUCCACAGCGACCUGAGGGGGAUUCUGGGUCUGGUUAACGUCCCCUGUUGUAUUAUGCAGACGGCACGUGACAUGUCCGUGCCUGCCAGCGUGGCGACCUACAUGAAGGACCACAUCGGCGGAAAGAGCAGCAUCCAGUGGCUGGACACGGAGGGCCACCUCCCGCACUUGAGUGCUCCUUCAUACCUGGCUCGCCAGCUUGAGAUUGCGCUUUCCCAGUAGCGCGUGGGGAGGCGCGUGCUAGUCCUGGCGCGUGGGUCUGCUUGUUAAUUUAAGUAAUUUAACUCUACUAGUACUAGUACUACCAGUAUAGGAGAAGAAUAGGCAGGGUCCUAGAAAAACAAGUGUACGAAAGGCUCUGAAAGUGGACACCUGGUAAAUAACGUGUGGGUGUUGCUUCUUAGACUUUGGGAUUUUUAUUUAAGGAUCAGAAUCUGCACGUGGAUUUCACGUGAUGCCUGGCCAUUUUUAGUAUUCUUGUGCUUCUCUCCUCUGUUUCUUAGUGUGAUGGGUGUUAUUAUUAAUAUUAUUACAGAAGGUCUUGGUUUUGUUGUU